AGAGGUUGGCUCGAGAGCCUGGGGGGGGGCUCAAAGCCCGAAGCCCCCCUCGCGGCCCCCGGCCGCGGCCCCUGCGCGAUGCGCGGUGCUGCUGCCCGCGCGGGCUGGCUGUGCCUGCUCCUGCGCGCCGCCACGGUCGCCUCCACGGGAGGCGAGGAGAAUGGCAGGCCCUCCAGCGACGAGGUCGCCUUGCUCGUGGCGCCAAACGGCGCUCUGCACCGGGUCGGGUACCAGAGGAGGCAGCAGCAGCAGCAGCCCUUCCGCGACUUCGCCGCGAAGCAUGGCCUCGACUACCACGAGGGCCACCCAGAGUACAGCCUGCGGAAAUCGUUGUUUGAGGCGCGGGUCGAACAGGUGGAGCGGCACAAUGCCCGAGCCCACGUCGCCUGGCGUGCCGGGGUCAACAGGCUAGCCGCCCACACGCAGGAGGAGCUGGCGCGGCUCCGCGGCUACGUCCGCGGCGGCGAGCGCACGGAGGGGGCAGUGUCCGUGCCGGGGGCGGGCCGCCUGUCCAUGCUCCAGGUGCCCUCCAGGCCAGCCCGGGCCGAGGACCUCCCAGAGACCUUCGGCUGGCAGGGCAGGCUCAACGCGACUUCUGCCGCCGUGGACCAGGGCGGAUGCGGCAGCUGCUGGGCCGUGGCAUCUGCCGUUGUUCUGCGGGCUCAUUCGGAGCUGUUCCAGAGCUACCGCCACUUCUCGGCGCAGCAGCUGGUGUCGUGCGCGCCCAACCCGCACAGGUGCGGCGGCACCGGCGGCUGCGCGGGCGCCACGGUGGAGAUCGCCAUGGACUACGCCGCGAAGAUGGGGCUCGUGACCGAGGACGAGUGGCCCUACACCGGCGAGGACAGCGAGUGCCCCUCAGCGUUCAGGUUGGCAAAGGGGGAUGCGCUCGACGCCGGCGUGGCGGGCGUCGCCGCCGGCCUGCUCGCCCACAGCGAGGGCGCCAGGUCGGGCGGGGGCGCCGUGUCGAGCCUCGCUCGCCUCCGCAGGCUGGCGGGGAUGGCCGCCAGCCUGCUCGGCUACGGCGGGGGCACCGUCACCGCCGCGGACGUCGGCCUUGUUGGUUUUCACAAGCUGCCCACCAACAAAGUCUCAGGAUCUGAUGCUGUCGCUCCACAACGUGGGUCCCGUCGCGGUCUCCGUGCGGGCUGACAGCGGGUGGAACAUGUACGAGAGCGGCGUCUACGACGGGUGCGUCGCUGGAGAUCCCAUCAACCAUGCCGUGGUGCUGGUCGGUUAUGGUACGGACAAGAACACAGGCUUGAAGUAUUGGCAAAUUCAGAACUCGUGGGGCGGUGACUGGGGCGAGAAUGGCUUCAUUCGUCUCAGCCGUCUCAGCAAUGAGGAUGAGGAGGCCAACUGCGGCUGGGACAUGGAUCCACUUGAGGGCAGUGGCUGCCCAGGAGGGCCGUCGAAAGUCUGGACUUGUGGCUCGUGCGGCAUCCUCUUCGACACGGUCGUACCGCGCUUCACCGAGAGUCAGAAGGGUUGGUGGGCGAAGAACGGCGGGACGUCAUCAUGAGCGUGCACGCUGCGAGAGUCUAACGGACAGUCGUCAGCUUGGGGGGGGGAGGGGCCUUAGCGCCGCUAGAGUGGUGGAGGUGGCGUUUGGGGUGGGUGAGCGGCAGACAGUCCCGACGCGGGCAGUGUUUUAGCAUUCAGAUUGCCCUUGUCCUUGUCCCUCCAGCGCGGGGAGUUGUGAACAACUGGUUCGCGCAGGAGGGGUGAGCCCCCAGCAUCAGAAACAGCGUCUCCUCCUUUGAUGUUCCCGUCCCUACUCGUUCUCUUGUUUCUUCUCGUUCGCCGCACGGGCCCCGACCAGGAUACACGCAGAAUUCCAGGCCUCCUAGAUGGGGUCGGAGUAGAUGGGGACAGAGCCCCUCACACACGCCGACAGGGCCUCGCGAAGGACGAGGCCAUUCUCGGGGAGGGGCCUCGCAAGGAUGAUUCCUAUCUGUCACCGCAUGAUGUUCCCAGAUGCGCCAAGGCAGCGCCGAGACGUACCGACGCGACGCUGAUGUGUCCUACUAUGAUAAGAGGGGGGGCCGGCGGCAGGGGGCGAAGCCCUGACGGAUAAUCGAAAUAGCCAAAGGAGCACGAGGAAAUCGUCACCAGACUAUUCCUGUUACUUGUCUUGCAGAAGCCCUGACGGAGAAUCGAACUAGCCAGAAAGGAGCACGAGGAAAUCGUCGCCAGACUAUUCUUGCUGCUGGUCCUGCAGAUGCCUCCCGCAGAGGGGCGGGCCCGACGGAAGAGUCCCGCGCCUCGGCGGCCGCGCCCUGCGCGAGAGAUCACGCCGUCCGAUGCCCGGGCCGAUGCUGGGCCCAGGAGCGGCGCGCGCGCGGGCGCGACGGAUAAUUAUGGGCUGCUGGGAGGCACAGGAGGAGAACAGAACAUGAUCAAACAAUCCGCCGGCCCCCUUGUGGGACCAUCAGGCUGCGAGUAUUAGGCUUGCCGCUCCCUGCGCCAGUUCCAGUCUUCAGUUUCCAAAGUUACAGUCUUGCUUUCUGCUUCCUUUUGUAAAUUGUUGAAGUCUGCGCGAGGGGGUGGAGCCCCCGAAUCGCGUUCUCUGCAUUCCUGCGGGGCAGAAAGACAUCGAGAUUCGCGCUCCCGACGCAAUAACCCCUCUAAUUCGCUGUACUCGCGCCCCCGAGGCCGCAAUGCCUCGCAAAAUGUGCCACGUUCGCACCCCCGAGGCCACGAUCUCUUGCAAACUGCACUACGUUCGCGCCUCUGGGGCAACGAUCCCGUUGGAAUCACGCCACCAUGGUUCAGUCGGGCCUGUCCCUCUACAGGG